GCUGACCACCCCCAGGAGAGGCCUGUGGGGUGGCCUGGGUUGCAGGGGGAACUGAGCUGAGCUGAGUACCUCCCUUUUUCUUGCGAUUCUUUCAGUGUGGUCAAAUGAGAGACAGCUGCUCCUGUGGGGGCACUGGUGGUAUGGGAGUAGGGUGGCCUUGCCAUAAAUGGCCGCCAGGUCAGAUCAAGGAGCGAAGAGACCAAGCCACAGCCUCUGAAGUGCCGGAAGGACUGGGCUUGGGUUGCCCUUCGGCUGUGGUGACCAGGCAUUGAUGCACCCCCAGGAAGCCCACGCACUCGAGGAGGCUGUCCCCUCUGGCUGCUGCUCACAUGGUUUCUGGGCCCCUGGCACUCCGGUGGUACGCGUGGGCAGGGUGUGGGGACAUGGGGCCCGACAUGGAGCUGCCCAGUCACUCGAAACAGCUCCUGCUGCAGCUGAACCAGCAGAGGACCAAGGGCUUCCUAUGUGAUGUCAUCAUCAUGGUGGAGAACUCCAUCUUCCGGGCCCACAAGAAUGUCUUGGCUGCCAGCAGCAUUUACUUCAAGUCCCUGGUCCUGCACGACAACCUCAUCAACCUGGACACAGACAUGGUCAGCUCCACGGUGUUCCAACAGAUCUUGGACUUCAUCUACACCGGCAAGCUGCUGCCCAGCGACCAUCCUGCCGAGCCCAACUUCAGCACUCUCCUCACUGCCGCCAGCUACCUCCAGCUGCCUGAAUUGGCAGCCCUCUGCCGCCGCAAACUCAAGCGGGCUGGUAAGCCCUUUGGCUCUGGACGGGUGGGAGCCACCGGCAUGGGGCGGCCACCCCGCAGCCAGCGACUGUCCACCACCUCUGUCAUUCAGGCUCGGUAUCCGGGGCUCGUGGACGGACACAAGGGGGCCCAUGCACCCCAGGAGCUUCCCCCAGCCAAAGGCUCCGAUGAUGAGCUCUUCCUCAGUGGCUCCACCCAGGAGAGCACGCACAGCCUGGGCCUGGGGGUCUGUCCCGCCGGCGGCGAGAUGGGCCUGGGGGGCUGUGGCAGCAGCACCAAUGGGAGCAGUGGGGGCUGUGAGCAAGAGCUAGGCCUGGACCUGUCCAAGAAGAGCCCGCCCCUGCCUACCACCAUCCCCGGCCCCCACCUGACCCCCGAUGACCCAGCCCAGCUGAGUGACAGUCAGCACGGCUCACCCCCCUUGCCCUCUGCCCUGCCUGUUGCCAACAGUGCCUCUUACACUGAUCUGGGUGGCACCCCUGAUGAGCCUCUGGAUUUGGAUGGAGCCGAAGACAACCCCCUGAGCCUGCUGGAGGGGCCCGGCGGGCAGCCUCGGAAGAGCCUCCGGCACUCGGCCCGGAAGAAGGAAUGGAGCAAGAAGGAGCCUGUGGCCGGCUCCCCCUUUGAGCGGAGAGAAGCUGGGCCCAAGGGCCCCUGCUCUGGAGAGGAGGGCGAGGGGCUCGGGGACAGGGUUCCCAAUGGCAUCUUGGCUGCCAGCGUCGGUGGGGGCGGCCCCAGCGUGCCCUAUGGGGAGACUGCGUAUCCCUGCAAAGGAGAGGAUGAGAAUGGCAAGGACGGCAGCGAGGACAGCGGGCAGAGCGGGAGCGAGGGCGGCAGCGGCCACGCGGGCGCGCACUACAUGUACCGGCAAGAGGGCUACGAGACGGUGUCAUACGGGGACAACCUGUACGUGUGCAUUCCCUGCGCCAAAGGGUUCCCCAGCUCCGAGCAGCUCAACGCCCACGUGGAGACGCACACGGAGGAAGAGUUGUUCAUCAAGGAGGAGGGAGCCUAUGAGACCGGAAGCGGGGGCACCAAGGAGGAGGCUGAGGACCUGUCGGCGCCCAGCGCAGCCUAUGCGGCGGAGGCUCGGCCCUUCAAGUGCUCCAUCUGUGAGAAGACCUACAAGGACCCGGCCACUCUGAGGCAGCACGAGAAGUCGCACUGGCUGACGCGGCCCUAUCCCUGUGAGGUCUGCGGGAAGAUGUUCACACAGCGCGGCACCAUGACGCGCCACAAGCGGAGCCACAUGGGCCUGAAGCCCUUUGCCUGCAACGAGUGUGGCAUGCGCUUCACCCGCCAGUACCGCCUCACCGAGCACAUGCGUGUGCACUCCGGCGAGAAGCCUUAUGAGUGCCAGCUCUGCGGGGGCAAGUUCACCCAGCAGCGCAACCUGAUCAGCCACCUGCGCAUGCACACCUCCCCCUCCUAGAAGCCAAAGACCCGUGGACACCCUCAGACUCGCCACCCGGGAGCCCACAGGAAGAGAAGCAAGGCGGCACGGCGGGAGGGACCAGAGCCCAGGGUCCAGCUGUAGGCGCCUGGUGGCCCCUCUGGACCAGCCUCCCCACACUCAGAGCUUUAAUCAACAGUCUGUACCAAGAGAAGCCAAGAGGAGGGAGGCCGGAGGGCCCACCCCUGCGCAUGUGGUGCUGGUGACCGCUCUACCUCCCCAUCCCGCCCAGGGUCCCCGCUCCCUGCAGGGGCUGCCGCAGAGCUGGUGGGAGUGGGUCACACGGGUCUCACUGGGACCUGGGCCCUUUCCUGCAGGCUGGGCUGGGGAAGGGGAAGGGUGGAGGGGGUGCCCCCUCCAUGCUGGUGAGGGACGGGGCUGCCUGUGGCCAAGGGUGGUAUCUGGAGCAGGCCCCUACCCGGCAGGGACCGUGUCUGUGUGUGUGCACGUGUGCUUGUGUCUGUGUGGGUGUGCGCGACCCCAGCUCUGAGAGGAGCAGGUGUUGGGGGGAGAGCUCCUUCCCUCCUUGAGCCAGGGUGGCACUGCUCACUGGCGCUGGGACAGUCAGGGUGACCCCACCGCCUACCUCUACAACUAAAGAGCCCUCUGGGCCUGUGUUGCUGUUAUUCCUACUGAUCUGUUCCUUUUCUGUUGUUACUCUGUUUCGUUUCAUUUUGUUUUCCUUUUUGAAUUCUGAUUUUUAAACCAAAACAAACCAUAGUUUAUUUUCUUCCUGCCUCUUCAGGGCUGAGCCUGGGUCUGCAGACUGAAUGUAACCGGGCAGCUGCCUCUCCCUGUCGUCCCCCCAGCUCUGGCAGCUGCCGUGGGGUGCAGCAGUAAGCCCACCUCUCCAGGCCCAGAAGCCCUCCUUGCCCAAAGGCUUCCGUGGUCCCCAGCCUUGCCUGGGCCACCUCAGGAGAGCGUGCGUUUCCUGUAGUUUCCGAGGAAUAUUCUUUGUCUAGAGGUACUUGUUUUUUUUGUUUUUUUGUUCUAAGGGAGAAAGCCCCGUGUAAGGUUUGUGGGACUGUUGGAGCUGGAAGGUCUGGGGGUGGGGGGAGGCUGGACUCAACGCCAGGAUCAUUGGUACUUGCAGUUUUCAUUUUUGUGUGUGUGGGCAAGUGUGUUGUGUGUGCUGUGAGUAUGGACAGAUGUUUCGCUUUCCUUCCUCACUGAAUAAGGUGGAGAGACUUCUGACCUUUUGCUACCUCUUGAAUCCGCGGAAACAGUAUGUUGUUGACAGGCAGUUGAGGCCUAGAUGCUUUUGUUUUCCUCUGGGGGGAGUGAGCCCGGCUCGGGCUGGCCUGAGCACCCUCCUGGGUCGGACGCUGUCCUCGGGGCGCCUGCUGCUCGCCGAGCCGGGUGAGAGUUGAGAGACCCUGCUGUGGGGCAGGCUAAGGGGCAGGUACAGGGCAUCCAAGCAAGAAAAGCUAGGAGGGGAAGGGGACAGGUCUCAGCAGCUCCCCGCCGGGGCCGGGAUGAGGUGGAAGUGAGCCCCUCCCAUCCUGUCCCCUCACCUUGAGCUUAGAGCAGUAGCCUCCACCUAGCCAGUGAGGUGUCAGGAGGAGGUGACCAAAGCAAGGGGAGCGAGGAUCGGCACCCCUGAGCAGGCCUGGCCCCCAGCCACCCUGGUAAGAGUCUGGCCGCCACGCAUAGGCUCAGUUUUGUUGCCUCUUAACCAUGGCCUUCUCGGUCAGCUUCAGUACUUGCAAGGGCCUCCGCUGGGCUCCAGGCCAGACCAAGGUUGCCAUGCUUGGUCCCAGUGUCCUCAGCCAACUGGAGCUGCAGGGCUGGGCCAACAGGCUUUAUCUUCUUCAUUCUGUUUCAUGUUUUUCUUUUCUUUUUUCCUUUCGAUUUUAAGUUCAGACCAAAAAGCUCUAGAGUCAUCCCUUACCCCCAGCCCUCCAAAGACCGUCCAGCUGAAAACAGCCUGAGUUCAGGGACCUGAGUGGUGAACGGUGUGUUCUUGGGAGUGAGGGACCUCUGGCCACAGAGGAGGGUUCCUGGCCAAGCCCUCUGAGUGGCGUCCCCAGCUGGCCACUCUUCCCUUUGGGUGGGAUACGCAAAGAACUGGAUCCUGGGUCUCUGUUCCAACAAGGCAGGCCGAGCACCUGGCGGAGGAGACUCCUGGGCUCCACUGCACCCGGUGCGGGGGCUGAGCUGUGCCAGGCCCCCUGCUCUCUGACCCCACCCCACCCAUCAGCACUUAAGCCACAUGACACAAAGUCUGUACCGCACGGGAAUUGUGCACACGCCUGGCCUCCCGGGCUGUGGGCAGCCACAUCUGUGAGGUGACUCAAAAGUAGGUGAUUCCUCUGCAGAACUUCAGGGACUGGGAGCAAAGCCCCCUUACUCAACGACGUCUGUGCGACAUAGUAUUGUACCCACCUUAGUAUUGUACCAAGCCUUUUCUGUAUUUUAAUGAGAAAGCAAAACACUAGUUUCCUAUUUAAGAUUUUAAGGGUUUACGGGGUGGGGUGGGGUUGACACAACACUUGGUUUUGUUUUCCUUUUCCUUUGACUCCAUGUCUGGUGCGUGCUUGAGAGAGUGUGUGUACAGAUGUUAAGAGCCUCACAAGGAAAUUAGGCCGGAGGAGGCCAAGGCGGCUUUCAGUUCUCCUCUUUAGUCACUUAAUUCCUGAAUGUUCGGAGAAACAGGAAACAGAAUAGGAGAUAUCAUAUAGGAAAAAAGAUAAAAAACAAAAGAAUAAAAAAACAAAAAAAGGGGGAAAAAAAAAAAAGAAAGCUCAUACCCAAAUUCACAAAACCUAUUUUUUAAACCAAAGCACAUUUUGAAUGAGUAUGGAACCUCAAUGGGCUCAGAAAAAGAUACUAAUAUAUUUAUCUCAUUGUUUACAUAAACUUCUACAGUUUCAGACCUCAGCAGCUGUAAGGCCAGUCCCAGGGAAUCCUCACCUUCUGCUGGGAGGUCCUUCGAGUCGGCCCUGGAAUGACUCACGGGCAGAGAGAGGUAGUCCUGGGUUCCAGGAACAGGCUUUAUGCCUCCCUGGACUCACGUGAGCCCUCAUCCCCAUUCCUGGGACCUCUCCAAGCCCAGCUGGCACCAAAGAGCUUGGGCUGGUGCUGACCAGCCCCUGAGGCGUUGCUGACUGGACCUUUGUGGUCCUGACCAGCUGGUACAGGGUUGCGGUCAGCUCUGGCUCCAGGACCUGAGUCUGGGCUUGGGCCCCAGGUUGGAAGUGAGCUCCCCCUGCUCUGCCCGUGACUCUCUGGGGUGAGUUGAUGUAAGGGUCUCCCUCAAGCCAAAAAGCCAGGACCUUUGCACAGCUCAGUCAACUCAGUGGGUCCCCCCACCCCAGGCAGCAGAAGGGGCUGACUGGGCCUGGUCCUUACCAACACAAGACGGUGCAAACACUCUUAACAGUGUUGUUUUUGUAUCAAUAUGUUUGUGCAGUGAUGAAUGUAUUUAUUUCUCAGAUUUGGGGCAAGUGAGCAGGUGUGUGGCAAGCUCGGCUCUUCCACUGCCCGCCCCCGCCUGACCGAGCCAUAGCAAGGGCUCCUUCAGGAUUGCAAAAAAGGAAAAAAGAAAAGAUGAACCUUUAAGCAAAUAAUCUCAGAGACUCGCAGCAUAGCCAUAUACCACAGCCUGUGACAUGAACAAUCUGGACCCGGACUGACUCCCGAACUCACUGAGUUGGGGGGACAGUUCCCGUCCACCACCGCUGGGGAAGCCGGGCUGCUGGCCCGCUGCCCCGCACCAUCAGUAUUCACCGGACCUCAGGCCCCUGUGCAGGAGUACGAUCUAGCUGGGCCGGCGGGCGGGCAGAUCCUUGCCCUCCUGUGGCUGUCCUGAGUAGGGGAGGCCUGGGCAGCUGGGAGGGUGGGACUCGGAAGCAGGUGUUACGUCCACUCUGUCCCCGGGGGCUCGGGGGACGGAAGCUGAAGGCACCAAAUCUGGGAAGAGCAGACGGGUCCUCAGUCCUGCCGCGCCCCCUUAAAGGGACCAAAGUUCCGCUCUUCCCAGGAGUCACGUCACGCUGGAGCCCAUGUUACUGAACCUGUGAAUCGGAUGCCAGGAACGAGGGAGGGGAGGGGCCUGACCGGAGCCUCAGUCUGACAUUCCAAACCAGGGAUGGGUGGGGGCUGUGGGACCGAGGCUGCCCAGGACCCCCUUCCUAGGAUGCCCCCGGCUUCAGUCACCCUCUUUAAUUUUCUACCAGGAACCCCUCCCCUACCUCACCUUGCUAUUUAUUGCUAUAAUUUAUUGACCUCAAAGAUGCUGCAUAACAGACCUCAUUUGGGACAGGGAGGGUCCCCAGGGCUCCCCCCCUCCACUUGGCAGGGCCCCGUGGGGCCAGGUGCUGAGGGGAGCCUCUCUGUGCCCAGCCCAUCACUCGCUUCCCCCUGCCCCUCUGGGGCCCCCGGUUGGGCACCGGCCCACUUGCAAAUACCUCGAGGGGAGGGGAGGGGUGGGUUUCUAGCUGUUUUGUUUCAUUGGAACUGGAAGGGGGAUCGUGUCCUGUGCCCUCCCAGAGAGGGGAGGGGCACUGGGAUCGCACUCCUGUACUGGCCACCACCACCGUCACUCAUCACAUUGAGUUCACCUCCCUCAAGAAUUCGGAUAAAUUCAGGUUAGAGCUGCAGGUACGCAGCUCUCCAGUGUCAUAGAAAAGCAAUUUACUGAUGACUGAUCUCUCCAUUCAGAAGCGUGCAGUCUUAAUGUACAGUGAUGAGAAACUGUUAUUUUAUGAUCUUUUCAUUAAAAGCUUGAUUGAAAACUAUCUGGCGUGGGCCUUUGUUUUUCUGUGGCUAUUCUCUGGCAGAGAAA